CAGUAUCAAAGUGAUCUUGAGCCACACGAGAACACUCUCUGUCAACAUAUCAUUUAAAAUAUAUUUCAUUUUAAAAUUAUCCAUUUGUUAUUCAACAUAACAUUAAAAAACUUUUCCAAAUCAAAAUAUCACUACACAUUUAUUUUAUCUGGCUUUUUUUUUUUCAUUUUUUUUUCCACUUGAUUCAAUUUAUUCAUGAGAUUUUAUAGCAAAGAAAAUGAAAAAAAAAAAAUUGUCAUACUGUGAAAUUCAGCAAGGAUGAUAAUAAAGGACAAAAAAAAGUGCAAAAAUAAAAAAAAUAGACAGUGAAUAAUAAAGAGAAGGAAGAUCAAUGAAAAAUAUUUUGAAAAAAAUUUUUUUUUUUAAAUCUUUUGUGUUAAUUCAAGGUGACAGUUAUCGUAAUUAUUUUUUUUUUUUUAUCAAAUGUUGUUUAGUGAAGCUGAUAUUCAUUGAUAUACAAUAUAUAAAUUGAAAAAUAAAUUAUUCAAAAAGUAAAUAUAUACAUUGUGUUUAAAAGUUGAAUUCAAGUUGAAUAAAAUUUGGUUAUAUUAUUGAAAUACGAGUCAAAGUGCACUUUUUAUUGACUCUAUUAUUAAAAUAAAUUUGAUGAUUUUUAUGGAUCAAUGAUCUAUAAUACUACAACGCAAAGACAAAAAUAUUUUUUAUCCAAAAAAUUGUUUUUCUUGUAAUCUUUAUCACGUGUCAGUCAGUUUGAUGCAAAAAAUUAUCUGACUGGAUUUUAAAUGUGAUCACGUUCUAGUCUCCAGAGGCAUUGACUAAAAAAAAUUCUAUUCACUCAUCACGACACUCAAGCUUGAUGAUACCUCUGAGACAAUUUUCCAUUGUGUAUUUUUUUCCUACAACUAUAUCAUUUUAAUCUAAAAAUACCUGCUCCAAUAAAUAUAUACACGGUAUUUAUUUAAAAAUGAUUAAAAAAUGAUCAAUCAAGAUAUUCAACAAAGCAUGAAACAACAAUUAUUUAUUAUAAAAUGAAAAUACGAAAAAAAAUAUUUAAACUACGUUAUAAUUAAUUUAAAAAAUAUCUAUUUUAUUGAUUGAGUAUUGAAUAGCUAAUUUCUAAACAUGGAUAUAACAUCAUCUGAAGAAGUUGAGUUUGAAAAUUUUUGGGAUUCAUUGAAAAAUGAAAAUUUAACAGAAGCUGAUUACUUGACAAGAAUAUUAGGACCAAAACAAUUACCUUUGAGAAUAAUUAUUCCUUUGACAUUAGCUUAUGUUACGAUAUUUUUAAGUGGCGUCAUUGGAAAUAUAAUAACUUGUACUGUUAUUAUUAAAAAUUCAAUAAUGCAUACAGCAACUAAUUAUUAUUUAUUUAGUUUGGCAAUAUCUGAUCUUAUUCUUCUCAUUUUAGGCUUACCAAAUGAAUUGAGCUGUGUUUGGCAACAAUAUCCAUGGGAACUUGGUGUUGCACUUUGUAAAAUUCGUGCAUAUGUUUCCGAAAUGUCCUCAUAUGUAUCUGUUUUAACAAUUGUUGCAUUUUCAAUGGAACGUUAUUUGGCAAUUUGCCAUCCAUUUCGUGCUCAUGCAAUGAGUGGAUUAAAAAGGCCAAUUAUCAUAAUAUCAGCAGCAUGGAUUAUUGCAAUUAUAUCAGCAAUACCAUUUGCAAUAUAUACAAAUGUAAACUACAUCGAGUAUCCUCCUGAUUCUGGUAAUAACUCAGCUGAUUCAGCAAUAUGUGCAAUGUUACUACCAGACAUGCCAAAUUUUCCACUGUACGAAUUGAGCUGUAUUGUUUUUUUUUUAAUUCCAAUGUUUGUCAUGCUUGCUGUCUACAUAAGAAUGGGCCUAAAAAUACGAGAAAGCGCUAAAAAUAAACUCAAUUGUGACGGUGAAUAUUCGGCACAUCUAGACUCUCAGCAAGUUCAAUCGAGAACAAGUAUUAUCAGAAUGCUGAGCGCAGUUGUAUUUUCAUUUUUUCUUGCAUGGUGUCCUUUUCAUGCUCAACGAUUGCUCUAUGUCUACGCUCUGGAGGCUGAUUACUAUCCUGAUCUAAACGAAUGGCUCUACAUACUCGGUGGUUUUCUCUACUAUUUUAGCACAACAGUAAAUCCAAUUCUCUACAAUCUCAUGAGUUUAAAAUAUCGAAAAGCAUUCAAAGACACAGUUUUAUGUAAAAAACAAUUUAGAAGAGGAACAUUUAGUAAUGUUGAUGAUAGAAAAAUCAUUUGUAAAUGUUUGACUGAUGUAAAAUCACAUCCUAAAAAUUCUCGAUGUUCUGUUAGGUGUAAAAUCAAUAAUGAUACAUUUAAAAAACACGAGUCAAAAAUUAUUAUGCAGAAUAAAAUUGAUCAUAUUGAUUGCACAAAUGAUUGUGAUGAAAAUUUUAAUGCUAAACUUUUGCCGAAUCAACAUUUAUUUGUUAAUCAACAGAGUAGUAAUGAAAGCACAUCUGCAAAUAAAAUUAGUGAAUCAUCAGCAAGUAGUUUUUUAUGAAAAGAUUUGUUAUUUAUUAAUUUAUUUUAUUGGAUUUUUCAAAUAUUGUAAAAAGUGUAAUUUAAAUUUAAUAAAUAUUUUUAUUAUAUGUGUAGUCACUGUGUGUAAUAAUAAGGAUAAUUUUAUUAUUAAAAUAUUUAUUUUUCAUUUGUUCUUGAAUGACAUCAUCAAGAUGAGAGAAAAUAUUUUAUUAGAUUCAGUGAAAAAUUGAGAGACGUGGUGAAAUUGUGGGAAAUUAAAAUUGACUGUUACUGACUAUUUGUCUCUUUAAAUUUAUAUCUUCAAAAAAAAAUAUUUUUAUUGGAAUUUUUUGUGCCUAAAUUAUUAAGAUUUUUACUUUCUAUAAUUCUGGAAAUUUUUAAAAAAAUUCUUCAAUGCGUUUAAUUAGUAGGAAAAUAAUAACAUUGAAAUCUUCAAACAUCAACUUACUUUAAUUUGGCUUAAUAAAUUUAUAUCUCUGAAAAAAAAUAUUUUUCCUGGAAUUUUUUAAGCUUCAAUUAUUCAUAAUACUUUCCCUAAUUAUCCUGUAAAUUUUGAGAACAAUCCUUUCCAUUUAAUUACCGGAAAAAAAUUAACAUUAAAAUUCUACAAGUGACAUAAUAAAAAUAAAUGAAAUAUCGUAUACUAUUUGGCUUAUUAAAUUUAUAUCUCUCAAAAAAACUGUCGGCAACAUACAAAAUGAAUAUUUUUCUAUGAAAAAAAAAAAUAGAAAAACACAAUUUACAGGAACCGGAAUGUUGGGUAGAGCUUUUAUGCUCAACUAAACUGACUGUGGUCGAUAAGAAAUGAUUAGUUCAUCUGAAAACAGAAUUCACAUUGAAUAGAGCAAAUAAAAAUGUCAAUGCGUCAGUGUAAAACAAAUUUAGUAGAAAAAAAUAAAGUUCUUUGAAUGUUUUUUGCCAACGGGCUUAUUGAAAAAAAAAAAUAUUAUUUAUAUAACAUUCGACAAAUAGAGAAAAGUUAGAAGAAAAAUCCAAUCAAUUUUCAAAAAACAUGUGUAAGUAAAUGAAAGUAAUGUAAAUUGUAAAUUCCAAUAUAAUGUAUAAAUAUUUAUAAAAAAAAAAUUUUAAUCGUCAGAGAAUUCAAUAAAGGUGUCACAUUUAACCGAAAAUGUUUGC